AAAUGUACCGAAAUUUGCGCUCUCGUUAGCUUUUCAAGGCUGUAAAACUGUAGACGUUCCGUUCGGCAAUUGCUCUAUUUUACUUUCGUUGAUUUAUUUAUUACUCCGACCUAGGUAUUUUUUUCGAAGUUUUAUUAUAACUAAUAACCGUUCGAAUAUUGUUACCUACCUACACACGUGUGGCAGCCUAAUUUACGUACAUAAUGGUUGAGUUUCUAUAAUCGCCGCUGCUGCGGUGCACACAAUAAAUCAUUAUAAUCGUAAUAAUAGAUCGUUCGGUCGAUCGCUCGAGGGAGAUUUUUACGUAAUAAAUUUCCCGGUGGCGCGGCGUCUAUUGUGUGAUCACUGUGUUGUUACUGUUAUUGCUAGUGUUGCCGUCCAACACUGUAACUGAUUGUGGGCUCCAAGGUAAUGAUGGCCCUUGGGGUGUGUUUUGUCAACAAAGCUAACUUUCACGGUUCACUACCUCCCUCCUGUACGUCAUGAAUUGUAUGGGAUUAUUGUAAUCUUGUAGAUUGUGGUUCUGCUUUUAAGCAUUAAGGAUAUUGUUUUUGGUCAAAAAAAAUUUCAGUUGUUGCCCUUUGACGAAUCACAGUCCGGCGCUAAACAUUCAACACUAUCAGUCUGUAUGCUCAUCGUUUUAUGGGUAAUGUUUGCCCAUGCACAGUUAUCGUAGUAUGAAUUCUCUCUAAAUUCUAUAGGAACGAUGAAGCUGAUCAAGUGAUUAAACCAGUGUGCUAUCUUGACAGUGAUGAGUACCAGAGACGCAACAGAUGACCGCUAUAUUGACGAUCCUAUCCGAACGUGCAAAAAACCACCUUACAAGGUAAAGUCACCAUCGUAUGUCAACAUAUCUAGAUCUAUAAAUGGUUAUACGUCAUCUUUAACGCAGUACGAUAGCAAAAAACGCGAGAGUCGCUCUAGGGAUUGUAGCCCUAUCAAUGUACGCACAGUUAAUUGUAACAUGGAAGACCAAAAUAUUAUGACGAAAUGUUCAAUAACUGAUACAGUUGAUUAUAGAACUGAAUCUGCCAAUUCAAUAGUUGUUAACACAAUCCAAAGACUUUACGGUUCUAGUGUUAAAGUGUCACCUAAGGAAAAAAGAUUAAACAACAUUCCUACAUCAACUGUAAUACAAAGAGAACAUGCUGAUUUACCUGUCUUAAAGUUGCUCAACCCCCAAUUCCGGGCAAAACUAGUAAUAAAUCAUAAUUCACCAUCUCCAAAAAUAAAACCUUCAAAAAUAACUAAUGGUAGUGAUGUAGAAAUUAAUGGUGGUAAAUAUUUUAUUAAAUUAGUUAACUUAGAAUGUGAUACAAUAAAAAAAUUAAUAUCACAGGUAGAAUCUUUAUUACCAAUUGCUCCUGAAAAUGGCCAGGCUCGUAUUCAAGCAAUUAUUGGUAAAUCAAAUUUAUUAAUGUCCAAAAAAAUUCAGCAAUUCCUUGGUUUAUGUGAGAGUAAUAUAUCCUGUGCACACGAUGAUUUGUCUAGACCAAAAAAUAAUGAUUUAGAAGGGUUUUGGGAUAUGGUUAAAAUACAAGUCGAUCAGGUGAAAACUGAAAUGCGAGCAAUUAUUGAUGUAAGUAAUAAAGGUUGGCCUGAUGAUGAAGACCAAAACAAAGAGAAACCUAUCAAAACUAUUAAAGUAAAGACGAAAGCAAAAAAACCAGUUGUUGUAAAUUCAAAAUAUGAUGCAGCUAGAAGAAAAGCAAUUGAAGAACAGCGCAAGGCAAUGAAAAACUUAAAAAGUGAUGAUGUUAUAUUUUUUUAAUUAUAAACAUGUAAAGAUUAGACUGUAAUAUUAUGUGUUAAUGAGUAUUAUAAUAUUAAAUUAGUAAUUGUUUAACUUUUUAAUUUAUAUAUUUUGUAUACUACGUCACUUGAAUUAUUGUAAAAACAUUAUUUUAAAUUUUUAAACAAAUUUUAUGAAAAUUUAAAACAAAUUGUUAAUACAUUAUAAUUAUGUUGAUUGAAUAUUUUUAAUUUUUAAAAACAAGUGCACUUAUAAUAUA